ACACAAGGAGGAACACACACUAAUGGGCACUCCAUUACGUCAUCCACCUUUGUUCUGCCAUCUAUAAAUAGGCCCUUCCCCACCAUUCAGCGCGUCUGAUAAACCCGAAGAACAAAAACGGAGAGAAAGAGGGAGAGAAAGAAGAGGAGAUUCAAGCUCUAGGGUUUAAGCCCUAGCCACAUUGUGUUCUCUCUCUGUUUCUCUUACAACCUGUACACAGAUUUAUCACUUUAUAAGGCAUUCCCUUUGAUUUGACCAAAUUUCAGCAGAUCUUCAUUUCUGGGAGUUGUAUAGCCAUGGUGUUCUGGGUUUUCGGCUAUGGUUCAUUGGUAUGGAACCCUGGAUUUGAAUAUGAUGAGAAAAUUGUAGGCUUCAUUAAGGGGUACAAGCGUGUUUUUAAUCUUGCAUGCAUUGAUCACAGAGGCACACCUGAACACCCUGCAAGAACCUGUACCUUGGAACCCAACGAUGGAGCCAUCUGUUGGGGUGCUGCUUAUUGCGUGGGAGGAGGCUUGGAAAAGGAACGAGCAGCAAUGGAGUAUUUGGAACGAAGAGAAUGUGAGUAUGAUCAAAAGACUUUGGUCGACUUUUUCAAGGAUGGAGAUACCAUACAGCCUGCUAUAACUGGAGUGAUAGUUUUCACAUCCACUCAGGACAAGGAAUCAAAUAAGUACUACCUAGGGCCUGCCCCUUUGGAAGAUAUGGCCAAGCAAAUUGCCACUGCCUUUGGGCCCUGUGGGAACAACAGAGACUAUAUUUUCUUAUUGGAGAAGGCCAUGUUUGAUAUUGGUCAUGAAGAUGACUAUGUCAUAAAGUUGGCAAAUGAAGUUAGGAAGGUCCUUGGGAUUGUAGUUGUGGGGACACCAAAGGAGAAAAGGUUGGUUGGGCCUUCUCACAUCAUACUCCAGACCCAUAUCCCACCUCUUCAUCUGCGUCCGCUUCCAGAAGCUGUUGCCAUGGACUACUAAUGGUAGAACACAGGUCACCGAAAAGGACAAUAAAAGAUGGAGCUUUAUAUAACCUAAUUUGAUUCCUUUCUUGGCAUCUCUCCAGCGAAAGACUACAGUUUAGUACUUAGCAGCUUCUGUGUUUUCCGGAAGCAGGCUUUUCUUUUCUUCCUCCUCUUAACUGUUUGGAAUAUUUUAUUCUUUGAUCAGAGAACCGCAGUAUGUGGUUUAAACUGAGUGGACUGGCUAACUACCACAAUUCACAAUACGAUGAGUGUUCCAUGUAACUGUAGCAAUGAUUUCUCUAGAUUUUGAUCAAUGAAGAAAAGCGGUGACAUUUUUCUACGUGUGAAAUCUAAGGUUUU